GUAUGUAAGAGAAUUCUCUACAGAAAAACAGCCACAGAAUUACAGAAAAAUAAGUAUGACAUUCAACAUCUUUUCACAGGAAUAAAGUCAUUUGAUGAUAAGGAAUACAUCUGUAAAACUUGUAACUCUAAGCUGUCAUAAGGAUACAUUCCAUGCCAAUCUGUUCAUAAUAAGUUAGACAUUGAUGAAAUUCCUUCAGAACUACAGCUUUAGUAUGUCUGGAAAAACUUGAACAGAUUCUUAUAGUGCAGCACAUUGUGUUUGGAAAAAUGUUGUUGUUAUUCCCAAAGGCCAACAAGGUAAAAUAGAAGGGGCAAUUUGUAAUGUUCCAGUAGACUGUGAUCAGACUUGCAAUAUUUUGCCAACAACCCCCUGAAAGGUCAAGAAAAGUAUACCAGAGCUGAAAAGAAAACUUUGGUUUAAAGGUCGGUUUAUUUUCAAGCUGUACACCCUGAAAUUGUGCUUAAUGCUCUUCAUUAGCCGAGGAUUAAUAAUCCUUUGUAUAGUGGCCUAACAGUAAAUGCUACAAAUAGUGAUGAAAAUCUUUCUGAGUUGCAUCUGCAAAUUAACUCAGGAAAGGAUAGUGAAGUUUGUCCAAUAAGUGAUGAAAGUAGUGAACAGAGAACAACUGAUGAUGAAAAUGAGGAAGAGAGAGGAUCCUUUGAGUGA